CGUGGUUAAGGGCGUGGUACAACCUGUCCGGGGCGUGGCCUCGUAGCUCAAAGGCCGCGUGGUGGAGGCGGCGGCGUGGAGACCACGGGGCGGAUUCCAGCGGUAGUAGGGGCAGCAGCAGCAGCGUCGGCGGUCUCGCCGAGCUGUACGGUAAAGCCCUCCUAUUUCCUCCACACCCCAUCACAAUUAGAGAGAGAGAGAGACACAUCACCCAGCAGCAGCAACAACUCCAGUACUCAACCGAGCCAGCUAGCCGGUGGGCCUGCCCUACUUAAAGACUUUGCCGCGUGUUUGGUUGUGGAGGGGAGGGGGGUUUAGAGGAGAAACCAAACCAAUCUGAUAUCCCGUUCGGUCGGCUCAACAGUUCACCCGACAAAUCAACCAACCAACCGAGCCAGGCAGCCAGGCAGCCAGCCAGCGCGUGGCUAGUUCAGGUGUAGGUCCGAGUCGUGAGUGUGGUUAGACCGGGCUCGCGUGCUGCUUUACAUUGAUCGCGGUUUAGACCGCGAUCUGGCUUGGGCUGUGCCCGUGGCUAUACCCCCCCCCCCCCCCCCUCCAAUUAGAGUGGUUAGACCGGGCCGCCGGUGUGGUUUAAAAGACGGUGUGCGGCGUUGGCCGGGCUAAGGUGCAGUUAAGAAGACGACCACCCCCCCCCCCCCCCGGCUGCUGUGGUCAGCAUCAGGGGGCUGUGGUCAGCAUCAGGGGGCUGUGGUCAGCAUCAGGGGGCUGUGGUCAGCAUCAGGGGGCUGCCGCUCGCUGCUCGCUUGGCCCCGGGUAUGCCCGGCCGCCAUGGCGGGGAGUCCGGAACGCGGGGCCCACUCCGUCACCUCAUCGACCACCACCAGCGCCGCCUCGGCUUCGUCGGCCGCCGUCGCCUCGUUCCUCCGCCGCUUCUUGGAGGAGUUCGGCCCGCCCCUGGGAGACGAGGCGACCAUGCCCGUGAGGCCCGGCUGUUCGGGCUGGGUGACGGACGGCGAGCUCCGGGGAGAGAGCCUCGACACGGCCCUGCAGCUGCUCGCCGCCAAACACAAAGCGCCGUUUGCGUUGGCGCUGGCGAUCGCUCGAGCCGCAGCCGAGAGGGUGCCGCAGCAGGACCUCGGCCCUCACCAGCGCGAGGCCAGGGAGUGCGACGGAGAGGGAGAGCCCCGGCAGUAUGACGCGUACAAGCUCGCGCGUGUGGUGUGCAACUGCGUGCGGGAGGUGUGUGAAGCCUGGCUGGACGACCUCCCACCAUUGCGCACAUCGCCACGCCACUUCCAAACGUCACUGCACGCCGUCAAGAACAGCCGGCGCAAGAUGGAAGACCGGCACGUCGUGCUGCCCGACUUGAAUGCCCUGUUGGGCCUGGAAGACGCAGAGGAGCAGCAGCAGCAGCAGACGUACCUCGCCGUGUUUGACGGCCACGGCGGGGUGGAGGCCGCAGUGUACGCGGCCACGCACCUGCACGUGAACCUCUUGCAGCAGGAGAUGCUGGCGCGGGACCCGGCUCGUGCCCUCCGGGAGGCCUUCAGCCUCACCGACCGCAACUUUGUGCAGAAGGCCGUCCGAGAGAACCUGCGCAGCGGCACGACGGGCGUGGUGGCGCUGGUGCGCGGGGACAUGCUACACGUGGCGUGGCUCGGGGACUCGCAGGCCCUGCUUGUCAGGGACGGCUGCCCCGUCGAGAUCAUGACUCCGCACAAGCCCGAGCGAGAGGACGAGAAGAAGCGAAUUGAAGCGCUAGGAGGGUGCGUGGUGUGGUUCGGGGCCUGGCGAGUCAAUGGCACCCUCUCUGUGUCCAGGGCUAUCGGCGACGCGGACUACAAGCCGUACAUCUGCGGCGACGCCGAGAGUGCAUCGGUGCGUCUCGACGGCACGGAGGACUACCUGCUGCUCGCGUGCGAUGGCUUCUUCGACACGGUGCGGCCCGACGAGGCGGUUUCCGUGGCCGCCGCUCACCUGCGCAAGUGCCGGGAUGCCGGCACAGCGGAGGACGAAGGCUGCCGGCCCGCCGGCCUGGCGCAACGUCUCGUCACGGCCGCUCGUGACGCCGGCUCCGGUGACAACAUCACCGUCAUCGUGCUGUUCCUACGCGAUCCCGGCACCGUCGUGGUGGACGUGGCGGGCCCGGGCCACUCGGACGGAGUGAAGCCGUGCCGUGGUGGCAGUGGCAGCGGUGAAGAGGAGGAGGAGGAGGAGGAGAUGGCGGUGGUGAAGGAACCGCGCGAGGCAGAGAAGGGGAUGGUCGCCCACGAGGCGCGGAGAACCUCCGAGUCCGAGGGGGGCAGCGGUGGCGGCCCAGCUCCGCUUGGCGCCUGCGAGUAAAAGCCCGAGGGCACGAGCGGAGGUCGGGUCGUGGGGAUGAAUCGUGAGCACUACCCCAGGCUCGCCCCAUUGUUUUUCUUUUCUUUUACGGCAGGGCAAUAAACACCAGCAGUACCCCAUGUGCAGCAGAGAAGAUACAUUGGACAGUAGUUUUGUGUGUUAUAAUGGUGGGUGUUUUGGGGACAGGCCUACUAAAAAAGAUGUUGGGAUGCAAUUCGGGCAUCUUUGUCUGCAGUGACUAACACUAAGAAGAGCAUCGUUUCUGCUGGUAGUUUGAUUAUUUUCUUAGUUUUCAUCGUUAAGAGUAAGGUUUAGUUACGUGUUUUUUUUUCUCCCUAAAUUGAGUGUAAUGCACUUACGGCGUCAAGCGAAAUCAUUCGUGCCUUUUUUUGCAAAUAACCGACCAUAUCACCUCUUCAUUAAGUUUUGCAGUCGCUCAAUGAAAUGGGCCGUUGCCUUCUUAUUCUCCAGGCAGUGGGCCAUCUUGAAAGAUGACCACGGACAACAAGGGUUACUGCAACUUUUGACUUCAUGGUGGUGACAGAAAUCGUUUUCCUAGGGUGCAGCUUUGAAACGGUUUUGGGGAUGGGAGCAGUUGCUUGCUAGGGCUGUGCCUGGUCGAGAAUGGAGUUCGAAUAGCCUUCUAGAUUUUUUCUGAUCAGUCCCCACCCCCCCCCCCCCCCCCACCACGUGCAGCUUGUAUGUACGUCAAACAUCUUACGCACCGUACAUAUCCAACGGUGCUAAUCGGAGGUUAAUCUGCACUCUGCGCAUUCGAUGAAACAAUUGAUGGGCCGGGGGUGUGGGGGAUCGACUCGCUGGUUAGUAACGUGUCCAGUUUAUCAAAGCCUGCACAGGGAGUCUCGCACUUAACGUUAAUCGGUGCCGUUGGCAGUUUUCCUAAGUUUCUGUGAAGCUCUCCGUUAGAAAUACUCACGCUUUCAUUUGCCAAAAGUGGUGGAGGAAGUGCGGUCAGCCACUUAAAAGGAAUUGUUGUGAGCAGCGCGACUCGGGUCUCUGUAGAAAUAAUUUGUGGCCCGCUUGGGAAUGGGGAAAACCAGCACUUGAGAUGGCCUUCCUGUGCAAUUACAGCGCUAGCGAGAGUUAACGGCAGGACUUUCGAUUGGUCAGUUUCCAGUACACGUUGCGAGCUUGGCGUGAUUGCAAACGGAGCACUUAAAUGAAUUUAUAAUUGCCCUCAGUUUGGGGGUGGGGCAGGCAUGAAAAUAAUAAUUAAGUCUCUAUCGAUGUAUGGUGUGAACAUUUUAACUUGGGGUCUCCGAUAGGCUUUAAAAUUUUAUUCAAAUCAUGUAAUGCGUGACCGGCGGUGGAUAAGAAUAAUGUGACGACUUGCCAAGGAAAGCCCAAGUCCUUCAAGCAAUAUUAAUUUUCAAGAGAGACCCUGCUUAGGGACGUUAGACUGUAUUUCUCGAGUAUUUUUUUUUGUGCGCAUGUGGGAGACAAACCAUUGUGCCCGGAGAACACCCACCCAUGCGUGGCGAUAACUCGCCCUCCGUGAGCAACCUACUUGCUCUGUUGCCGUGCUGCCUGUCUAUGCGAUCCGUAGACCUCCGACGCCUUGCAGGUUGCAUGUCGGCACGGCCCUACUUGACGCGAGCUUGGUGAUCGGUGAGGACUUUUUUUUUUCCUUUCUAAUUGUUGAUUUGUCUCAGGAUGCAGAGUCGGGAGCAAAUCCCACACUGCCGCUAACACCGCUAUUGGCACGUCGCAGACACACAUUCGAGCCCACGCGUGGGACAGUGCAGUGUUUUGAGUCGCUCUCUACGAUGCUCGCUGGUGAGAGUUACUUUGGAGUGAUCGCGCACCUCCGUGCGACGUGAGGAUUUUGGAAUAAGUUGACAGCCCACGUCGUGCACGGCAAAUCCCUUUUCAAGUGCAUGCGUGCGCGCACGCACGCACGCACGCACACACACACACACGCACACACGCACACACGCGCUCUUGACUGCCAUUAGCGGAAGUGUAACUACAAUCGUCGGACGUGCACUCAGGCUCUCUCUGGGGAUAGCACAAUCGAGCCAUCUCUUUAGUCGACGACUAUUACUUCUUCUGCUGGUACAGGUCUCCAGUCUUGGGGAUGGUACUAGGAUGUCAAAUUGGGAGUCCAGACCCUGAUAUACAUUUAACUGUUCAGCUGUCGCACAUUUCGCCAUCACGGUGAUGUGUGUGUGUGUAAGCAUGGCCGUUUCUGCCCCAUUCCCAACUCUAACCAGCUUUCCUGGACCCCCCCCCCCCAUAACUAAAUCUAUGACAUUUACUAGUGCCACCCCUGACACUUAAAAGGUGCAAUAAGUGAUUUGCAGAACACAGAACAGUUACCUGUCCUUCCAUUUGGUGGCAUCGGGGCACACGACUGCCAUUUCUCUUUAAAGCAUGACACCACUUCCCGUUUAUUGACUUGAAAGCUUUAAGUCGCACACGGUAUAUUUCUUUUUUUUAUGCGAGGGGUAAACUUGAAUACAAUAGCUGUAGAUGACGUAUCAUUAGACAGCUGGGUGAUGGCUAGCCAUGCAGGUCGUUGGCAAACCUACAAAUGCAAUGUUAUGCAGUUGGCUGGCAGGACCGACGGAUUGAAUUUUGGUGGCAUAAGUUCACUACUGCCUUUUACUUUUCAUCGAAGCUGAAGAAAAUAUUUCUCGCUUCGCUGCUAACGGCUGCACGCUCGUCAGUGUUGGGGAUUUUUUUUUCCGUCGGUGUCCGUCUCGGGCUGUCGCCGACUUUAAGGCGAGUUGAACGUAAGCUACCAACGUCACUUAUUGCGCCUUUUAAAAAAAAACUACUUUCCUUCAUAAAACAAACCAAAGUUAAGAAAAAAAACGUUUUUCGGUGAAUGUUUUCAGCAAUGCAUUAGAGGGAUACUUUAUAUUUUAGGAAAAAUGUAGCAGAGCACACCUGCUACAUUUUGACAAUACCGUGGAUGACUUGGGUAGGUAGGGUGUAGCCGCUCUGUAAAUAUCUGCGCAUUUUUGAAACAAGUGGCAUUAUUAUCACCAUGACGAUGUAAACCUUGCCGACUUUGCCAAUUAACGCGAAUCAACGAAACUGCUUGCAGAUUUAAAUGAGCAGGGAGCGUGGUUCUAGAAGUUUGUUUAGUUUUUGUGCAGAUUUUGCAUUGUGCAGGAAUAAUAAUGUUUUACCUGCCAAGUUACACAAGGGCUUAGUUGUAGAGGAGUCGGGUUUAAUGGGCUUACAGAAACAUGAUAAACUGAAAUUGCCCUCCUACGUUUGUGUCGGGGUGAAAGCGAGUGUUUUUGUAAACAAGUGCAGCUACAUGUAUAAAAGUGAGUUAGUGUAAAAUGGUGUACAUAAGAAGACAAGUGCGGUGUGCAGACCACACAACGGUGCAAGUUUGUUAACCAAAAUAACUUGUUAGGUCGGGUGUGGAGGAUGGAAGGGAGGAGGUGAUGCGUGUGUGGAUGUUCACAUUUAAUUGCAUGCUUUUUGACUAUAUAUGAGCGCCACCGCGGUGAGAUGUUAACUACCUCGCCUGGUAUACGGGAGGUCGUAGGUUCGAUCUCAACCCCUGACGCCUGCUGUAUAUUUGGAGUUUGCAUGUUCUCCCUGUGGUCGUGUGGAUUUUUCUCCAGGUCUUCCGGUGACUUUCCUCCACAUUUAGAAACAUGCGUUCAGAGUAAUUGGCUGCUAAAAAUUUCCAUGUAAGCCAAUUCCUUGAGCUAUCACUUGUGGUCGGGUCGCUUUGGAAAAAGAGCUACAUAGCUCCAUGGGCCCUUACCUGGUCAAAUAACAAAAAAAAUAGUAAAACAAAAUAUUCAUAUUUGUUUGUUUGCAUCUCAAAAGGGAGACUUCUGUUACAGUGUGCAGGCUGUGGUAUUGAUGUUCGCCAUCGCUGAUGGGUUCGCGGAAUGGAUUCGUUCUUAUUAUUAUUAUGACCGUUUUGCCAUUUGUAAAAAAAAAAUACAUACCGUUGUCUUAUUAUGCUACGCAGUAUUUUCGUGUUUAUUUAAGGUUGAGAGUUUCAUUUCGAAUUUCAAAAGUCGGGAGAAUUGAGCACUAGACUACAGCAACGUUUGUCUGUUUCACGCAACCUCUGUGGUAAGAAUUCGGUCUCUUUCGAUAAGCUGUUCCUGGUGUUUGUGCACGCACGUGGGGCCGACCUUUGAGGAACUAUGGUGCUUCGGUUUCAGUGUUACGCUCUCUUGCUCCGGCGAACAUCUUGCACGGAUUACCUUCUGUAGACGUCCAUUGCAGGACACAUUGAGCUGCUGAAGCCGGGAGUUCAUUCGAGGUAACGAGUUGUACUGCAUCCAAGGUUUCAGGACGUAAGAAGCGUUAACGCGUGCAAGGUUUAUCGUUACCCAAUACGCGCCUGUCCACCUGUGCCUUGUGACCUUAUCUUGCCUGAAAUGACAGCAUCGCCUGGUCCUUGUUUGUGCUUUUAUCAGCGUCUUAACGAGCGUGUAUAGUCCUGCGCCGCCCGUUGCCGUGUGUCAACGGUCUGCGCUUCUUCGUAAUUGAGGCACCAACAUCCCAACGUGGCCACCCUUGUGGGGUUGGAGGCGGCGUUUUGUGCCCAGUUUGUCGUCCAUGCACUUCACCCUCGCCGCGUGGAUUAAAUUGUCGGGAAUGAAUUGCCCUCCCAGUGUCUUUGCCCCCCCCCCCCCAAUAAUAUGGCCAUAAUCGUUUUUAUUGCUGUUGGAGGUGGGGUUUUUUUCAUCUCCUUGAAUAAACUUGAAUUUUGAUGUGAAAAUUAACUGGGGAGAAAAAUAAAAGUUUAAUGAAAUUAUUGGUUGUGGCUUCUUAUCCCCCGAUUUGUAUAAUUCGGCCUCAAAUGUGAAACUAUCUUGGUGCUGCGGUUGUGACAACGCCAUGAACAUUCACGUGCCACCACGUCUGCGAAUGCCAGAGUAGUAAACGUGUUCUCAUCUUGACUACCAACUAUAAUCUGGAGUGGUUUUGCCCGUAGAGCUGUACCACUGAAUAGUUUCUUGCUCAAUAGUCCAUCCAACUUAUGUACAUGAAGCACAACACUAAGCUUAUAUUGCAUAACCUUUAUCAUUUCCCUUGGAUAUAUGAUUUUUAUACUUGAUGUUCAUUACAAUGAAGCUUUUGGGGUUGGAAUUUAUGUGUUAAAUGCAAAACUAUUCUACCGAUUUAGAACGGGAAAGUUUGGUUUAAAAUGCACCCACUGUGAGGUCUGUUUCUGAAAAUGGCCAAAUGAUGCUUGUGACUGCUUGCUUGUUUUUGUGUACUAGUAAGAAUAAUAAUAAUAGAGCAUGGUGCAUGUUGGCUUUUUUGGGAAGAGUUUGAGAAUUAUCAAUAUGCUAUAGUACAUUAGUGGCAGCGGGUGUUUAAUUAAAAAAAAACACAAGCUUAUUUAUGUUGAAUUAUUUAUUUACCAAAAAACAUAAACAAGCCUAAAUUUCAAGUGCUGUCCUUUUUUUUAGUCCUGUUCAAUCAUGGGGUUACUGUUUUCCUAUUUGUAUUUUUCUAGUGGGUCACUCACUGUACUCCUUAAAACGAGUCCUCCUUAACACCUCUGCUGGUCUGAGCUUAAGUUCUUCACAGUAUUACCUUCAAUUCCUACAAAUAAACGAUGUAUAUGAAACUUGG